UGUUUUUCUAGUAAUCAGUUAUCCCAGAGCUAAACCAGUGACCAGUCUGUAGGGAGGUUUCCGAAGGAUGACACUAUCCAGAACACCAUGGUUGCCAUAGCAGAGCGCUCACUUGCCAUUUGCUGAUUCAGACAAAUGGAAACUUUCAUUUGGAGAGAGAGCCAAAUCACAUCUCUGAUCACAUUUUACUUUGAUGAAAAACCCAUUGGAACACCUCUUUCUCUCAGACAGCUACAGCACCGCACCACAUUAACAACAGCACUCUGGUCAGAUCUGAUCAAUGCGCAGGCAGGCAACCUUUACGCAGAGAUAUAUGGAGAGCUGAGUAGUUUUACUGCCAUUAACAGGCCGUCCGGGAGGUGUAAAGACCGAAGGACGUCGGUGGCAUGAGGAGAUAAGCUCAUUAAAGAGCGAGGCCUGGUUGCAUAGCUUUUACCUCCCUAUUCAUCUGUACCAGCUCAUGAAAUAUUAAUGACGCCCAUCCUGGUCUACUGUUCAUCGGAUCGAUGAAACUGUAAUAUCUAGCAUUUAUAAAACCUCCCUGAUCUGGUCCCUGUGCAGCCAUAAUAAUCUGCACCAUGUUAAUGGCCAUACUGAGUUUCCUCCACAUCCUGGUAGCAUGUACUCUGGUGUGAAAUGACAGAUAAAGGACGGAUCGCUGUAACCACCACUCACGGCCAUAAUGGGAUCACAAGUACACAACUGUACCAUUUGUACAUGGAUGCUGGUACAUGCAAACAAUAUUGGGAAGUUUUCCAUUUAUUUUUAUUGACCAGGGGAUAAUUUUUUGUUAGGCUUUCAGAAGAAGAGGUGCAACUGAUUUGAAAAUAAAAACAACCGCAAAAAAUAACCAAGGCGUACUGCACAAAUUUAUUUCCAAUAAAGAAUGUCCACAAACUUUUUAUUUCCCAUUUAUAUUUUUGUUCAGGGGGGAACUAAUAAAAUCUGGAAAAAAGACACCGUAACAUGAUGAGAUUUAAAAAGUAGAGUUUCUGAAGGACAAUAGAGUGUUUUGUAUUUUCAGGUUCUAUAGGUGAGAGGUAUUCUGUCCACAGAUGUAUUCAUGUGCUUGUCUUUUGCUCACCAUCAAGGUCAAAUGUGGGCAAGCUUAAUAUGUUUUUAAAAUUGUAUUCACUACACUCCUUAACCAUUACAGUUCUGUACUCUCUGAUUUGACAGUAGGUGGCUGGCCAUCGGUGAAAAUUAAUUGACCAUCCUGUACUAUGACAAGAAAUAUAGCUCUUUUUGGUUUCAGUAAUAUCAGACUCAUUAAAUAUUAAAGAACAGCUUCAUAGGAAGGAAGAUGUCAUCACAUUAUUGAGAUCUUUAAAACACUGACUGAUGAUCUUUGUCUCUUUCUUUAGCCCACACUCAGUUCAAUCAGAGUGGAAGCCUUGGUAUUUUGAUUCGACGGUUAUAAUGGUUCUGUCCUUAUGAAUAAUACAUAUGCUACAAGUUUAAAAUGUCUAGCAGAGAAAGAUGCAGAGGAGACGAUGAAUAUCUGCUUUAAAAUGUGAACAUGACAUCACCUUAUUAAUGAGUACUGAAGAGGGACAACGCGUUAUUGGAUUUAGUCAGUAACCCUUUUAGCUGCCCGGAUGUCCAGUAUUCAGAUACUCCUUUUGAUAUCUGAUACAGCAGGUUUUAAGACGGAAAGUGGGAAUGGCUUAUGGAUUGCUGAGAGUUCCGAGAUGGCAAGCCCUUGUUUCUCUGUGUUGAACGACGAAGAUAUCGCCGGAUGUAGAGGAACUUUAGAGAACAGCCAUAUCGAUUAGCAAAUCAAUAAAUCAGGCGCUCAGUAUUAUCUAAAAGCAUCGCCGUUUCCUUCCCAACAAGGUUGCACGGGUAAACAGAAGUAAAGACUGUUAUUGUAGCUUAAUUACAUUGAGGUUUUGUUUCGUUAGUUGGCGGGUGAUAAAAGUAGACAAUGACUUCGAAAUCUAACACUUGAAAGUUUUUUUUUUUAACAAUACAAAAAUGUUCCUCUUCUUUAUUGUAGGCUAAUAUAUUGACCACCGUUGUUCUUUGUUGUUUUUUUGUCAUCUAAAAAAUUAGUGCGAGCAAUAAAACUUGAUAUUGUAUGAAACAAUGGGAUAUUUCAGCUCAGCAACAUAGUGCUCUUGUCUAUGUUUCUAUGUUUCCUUAUAUUCAUAAUUAUGAACGUGCGUGUCUCUGGUGGAUCCGUAACUGUAUAUUGAUCGACUACUAAUCAUUCAUUUCCCUUAAAUUCACCUCUCCCCAAGGGAGGAAAUAGGGUGUUCAAAUAUACUUAAGUAAUAAUGGGCCGUCACUUCUUCGACAUACUGCGGGUCUUUAUACAUAACAUGCGUUUCAGUGAGGAGGGUACCCUACCUUAUACGGAGAAGGACUACUCCCUGAGGACCACGAGAGCCGUGUUCUUUAAAGGGAGUGGAACACCAGUCUACAGAGGUUUGACGGCGUUCUGAACUGGGCAGACGCGUGCGUGCUUUCACUUCUGAACAAUUGGAAUGAUUUUCUUCGUCCGAUCUACGAACAAAGAACGAUAGGCUCUUAUAGCCUAAAUUACGUCUAAUUAUAUUUUAUUUAUUUAAAUAAAACGACGAGAGACGGCUGAAAGAGGAAGUUAUUUAUAUUUUUACAGGAACUUUCACAAAGGAACCCAUUGGCAUUCCAGAUUCCAGUAAGGAAAAGGAGCCAAGAAAAUCCAUACAGAGCAGAAAGCUCAAUGAUAUCUAAUGCAGUCAUGAGCUAAACAAGUUGCCAUUGAAGGAAAUAUUUCCACCGCUGCUUGUAAUUGAAUCAUUAACAAAGCCUUAUGAAUUUAUAAAUAUGGAUAAUCUAAUAAUAUAGACAGCUAUUUCCCCAUCCUUCCAUGAGAAAAAAAACAGUGGCUUGUUAUUGUGUUCAAAAACAAAUUGAAUCCUGUCAGUCCUCUUUGAAUAAUACAGCUCUUGAGCUCAGGUCCUGGUGAGGGGGAAAAAUCUGCGAACUUCGGAAAGGCAGACAUGUCAGAGAAGAAGUCUCGGAACUCGGAUACCCGGCCCAAGUGCAUCCGUAGCUGGAGUGCGGACAGUUACGUGUGGAGCAGCAAGAAGCGCUCGAGGAGCGUCCAAAAUGAGCUGGGGGCGAACGGCGCGGAGGGGGAGGGGCCGGAGGACCAGGCGGGGCGCUCAGCCUCCUGCCCCCGGAGGCGCAGGGAGAGGAAGUGCAGCUGCGCCGGUCCGGGCGAGGGGGACGCCGAGCUCCCCUGCCGAAAAGCCCUCACCCGCCGCUCCCUCCGGCAGAAGUUCCAGGACGCGGUAGGCCAGUGCUUCCCGAUCCGCACCCACCACCACCACCAUCACCACCACCACCACCACCAGGCUGGGGCCGCGCGCCCGUUCUCCGUCCUGCUCUGGUCCAAACGCAAGAUCCACGUCUCGGAGCUGAUGCAGGACAAGUGCCCGUUCUCCUCCAAGUCCGAGCUGGCCCACUGCUGGCACCUGAUCAAGAAGCACGCCUCGCAGCCGGGCGGCUCCAUCGGUAUCGCGGCCGACCACAAAGGGAGCGCUUUCCCCUCUUCCUCUUUCUCUUCCCCUCCGCCCUUGAUUUCCUGGGAGGAGAUUGGCUCCAGUGGCUCUCAGGGCGGCAGCCUGGACGACUGGGACCCCUCCCGCCCGCGCGACAGGGCGGAGGGCUGCUCCCACACGGACUACAUCCUGGUGCCCGACCUGCUCCAGAUCAACAACAGCCCCUGCUACUGGGGGGUCCUGGACCGCUUCGAGGCCGAGGAGCUGCUGGAGGGCCAGCCGGAGGGCACCUUCCUGCUCCGCGAUUCCGCCCAGGACGAGUUCCUGUUCUCCGUCAGCUUCCGGCGCUACAGCCGCUCGCUGCACGCGCGCAUCGAGCAGAACGGGAAGCGCUUCAGCUUCGACGGGCGCGACCCCUGCGUGUACCGCGACCCCAGCGUGACCGGCCUGCUCAAGCACUACAGCGACCCCGCCACGUGCCUCUUCUUCGAGCCCCUGCUGUCCCGCCCGCUGCCCCGAAACUUCCCCUUCUCCCUGCAGCACCUCUGCAGGGCCGUCGUCUGCAGCUGCACCACCUACCAGGGCAUCGAGGCCCUGCCCCUGCCCCACUCGCUCAGGGACUACCUCAGGCAGUACCACUACAAAUGCAAUGGAGCCUGCGCUGUGUAACAUACACCACCCCUGACACUGAAGCAUAGUCUCUCUUUAUGCAUCCCACAGGUGCCUGCCAUAUAGGGGUUGUCUGGAACAUGCUCAAAGACUGAACAAUUUGACUUUUUAAAUAAAUCCCUGUUGGGGUCAGCUACGGCUAUUUUACAUCUAUGGAACCUUGCCUUGGACAAAAAGCACAGAGUGAAAUAUCUAGGUUUAGUAUGGAUAGUUAAUUGGUCAGGGGACAUGUUAAAUCUAUGAUUGAAGCCUCUACUCAUCAAGUUCACAUGGUGAGUUCUGCAGCUCAGUAGGUAGCACCUGUUAUGGGCACAUAUCUAACAAAUACUAUAAUUGCAUUGGCUUUGGAAGUCUGUUUGGAGUUCUGGAUCGUCUUGGGUAGAAAAAUAAAAUAUUACCCAUGAGCCUCCUGCUGUUGUGGAUGAUAAUGGUUGAUAAAUGGGGGAAAGAAACAAGUGGAAGUGGAAUUUCAGAGAACUACAGAAGGUUUUUCAACAAACACAAGUCAAUAUGUAUGGACAGACCUGUAUGUUUUUUUUCUUCAGGUUCAGUGGACAUUUCCCCCUCUUCUGUACAGCACUACAAUGGAGACACUAAACUCAACACAGAAAUGUAGAUUGCUGAUGUUAUUUCACUUGAAUCCACCAGGUGGCGAGUUAUAUACAUGGUAAAAAUACUGCUUGGGUCAGUUUCUCUUAGCCGACUUCAAAUUUUAUUCUGUUCCUACAAGACUUACAAGCUGCCAGUUAGACUGGCUAUCACUUUUUUGUGAUGAAGAUGGUGUUGAAGUGAUAAAAAAUAUUUGAUUUAGCAUAAAAUGUAUUUUACUGCUAAAAACAUUUCACAUUGCAUGUAUAUGUGAGGUCUUACAGGAUUUCUUGAUUUAAGUAGAGGAUAUCGCAUUUAUCCAGCUGCUGCCGUUAUCCAGUCUUAUUGUUUUUUAUCAUAGCUGAUAGAACACGUUUGUCAUAAAACUGAAAACCUUGUGGCAGUAGGAAGGUUGGAUUCAUCAUCAGGCAUUGUGCAGACUGAUACAUAUACUGGUAUAUAGUAUUUAAACUGAUGAACCAUAAAUUGAUAAUAUUAAUGAAUUGACAGAAACAAGUGCUAGUAUUUGGUGCCACGAGGACAUUCUCAUUUCCAUCCUUGUGCUUAUUGUGCUAAUUGAAAUUACAUGUAUGUCUUUUAGUUUCCUCUUCACAUGUUGCUGCUUCAUGUAAAUCAUACAUACACCCUCAACACUUGCUUUGUGAAUCGCGCACCUUAUGAAUUGCACCCUAUUGUGUGUUUUGUGAAUUGCACACAGAAGCAUCACUGAUUCAUUGCAGCUGACGUGCCCGUAAAAUGCAGAGUGACUUAACGGCAAAGAGCUUGUUCCCAAAUUAAUUUAGGCGCAGGUCAGUGCUUUUGCUAUCGUGUUAGCACCUUUCUGUCAGUGACUGUGUCACUGCUUUUUAAAUGCUGCUGGAAGGCAAGUUAAUGGUGUGGAAGAGUAUUUGCUGUAAACAGUUGUGAUUGGACGGUUGUGAUUUGAAAAAAAAAAGAAAAAGUACGGUACUGGAGAAUGGAAAGGAGAGAUGAAAAUGACAUAUAGUAUAUACAUUUCAGUUCUUACUGCUUUUCUAUCAAUAUUUGGUUACCAGUUUUAUUUUGUAAAUUUUUUGUCUGUAUGAUUUACAGUUUUAAACAAACUGUUGUGUCUUCUGGAAUAAUAAAUUCUUUAUUUGGUCCAAGAUUCUGGCAUCUUGCUCUGUGCUUCAAAAUGGAAAAAAACAUGAGGAUAGAAGAUGGAAAAAAACGUUCUUUCUCACCAAAGAACAAUGCAAAUGUUUACUAGCCUUGUGUAUUUACUUUUUUUGUCUAUACCCUGGAAGUGGACUAUUUCUGGAACGUGAGGAGACACAAUUAUCGAUCUGCACAAACCACUGAAAUAAAAUAUU